UAGUCAUAGCGGAACAAGUUCAAUGAUUCGAUACCCUCGUGCUGGUAAAGACAACGCAAAAGUAAUAUAAAAGUUGUUGAAUUUGAGUUAGAUGAUUGUGUCGUAAAUCAAUAUGGUGAUCUUGCUAUCAAGAAUAAGGUGAUUAAACAAUUAUGGGGUGCAAAUCAUAUUAAAGCUAAAUUUGCUUGGAUGGAGUACAUUGUUCGAUUUGAUUGGUUGCCAGAUGGACAAAGGUAAAAGAAGUAUAGAAGCUCUAUUUUGUGUAUACUUAAUUAUCCUUUCAAGUGUUUGGUUACAGUUACUUUCAAGAGAUCAAACACAUACUGCAGUCAUUAAAAUACCAUUAGCAUUAUUUACAGUCACUAACAUUGAUGCUAAGGUAACGGAUGAAAUAGAAAUAUUAUGGGAAGAAGCAAAUCCUUAUUGGGUUAAUAUAAGCGAUGCAUACUACUUUAUGAAACAGUCGACAGUAGAACAGGUUUGUUUUAUUUGGAGUUCAGAGAAAGACAAUGGCUAUCGACACUUGUAUCUUGUGGAGAAAUCAAGGCAAGACCAAAAAUCGAAAAUAACUCAAUUAACUAGCGGAGAAUGGUGUUGUUUAGAUCGACCUCUAUUUGUAGAUGAAUCUAGGGCUUUAGUUUACUUUCAAGCCAAAAUGCAUACACCACUUGAAUCUCACUUUUAUAAAUUAUCUUAUGAUAGUAAAGUCAAAGGUCAACCUAUUCUAUUAACUCAGUUAGGUUUUAGUCAUACAGUAACAAUGAAUUCUCCAGAUUAUUUUGUAGAUUGCUUCUCAACAAUACAUGAUCCACAAGUUAUUAUAGUUCAUCAAUUACAUCACGAGCAACAAGUAGAAAAGAGGUAUGCUGCUUUAUUAAUGCCUGCUGCAAUAAGUAGCAAAUGUGAGACUCCACCUUCACCUCCACCUUCCAUGUCACAAGGGACUAACAUGGCUAAUGAAUACCAACAAGUAGAAUCGGAUUAUAAAAGUGUAGAGCCUAAUGGAGAAAUAUUUUCAUUUACAACCUCAGAUGGUAUAUAUUUAUAUAAAAUAAAUAAUAAUACAAAACUUGAAAGGUCAGAACUAUAUAAAUUUUCGUUGUUUGUAUGUAGGAGUAAAAUUAUUUGGGUGUCUAUAUAAACCAAAAUGUUAUCAGCCAGGACAAAGUUAUCCAACUUUAUUACAUAUAUAUGGUGGGCCGAAAACUCAACUAGUGGUGAAUGAAUUUCGUUUUCCACGUAUGAUACGCUAUCUAUUAUCUGUCUAUUUUGAUUUUGCAGUUGUCAUUAUUGAUAGUCGAGGAUCGAGUGAUCGUGGUUU